GCCGUGAAGGAGCUUUGCAUGUUCUCUAUGCCUUGGCAAGCACGCCGGAGCUAGCUUGGGCAGCUACAAAGCAUGGAGGGGUGGUUUUCAUUUUUGAAGUUCUCUUGCCAAUACAAGAAGAGAUUCCGUUGCAGCAAAGAGCCGCAGCAGCUUCGCUAUUAGGGAAGCUUGUUGGCCAGACUAUGCAUGGGCCUAGAGUGGCGAUAACUCUGGCAGGAUUUCUGCCUGAAGCAGUUGUGACUGCUCUUGAACAAACAACAGAAACUCCUGAACUUGUGUGGACUCCAGCAAUGGCUGCAUUGUUGUCUGCACAAAUAGCAACUAUGGCUUCGGAUCUGUACCGUGAACAGGUGAAAGGACGUGUUGUUGAUUGGGAUGUGCCUGAGCAGGCCUCUGGCCAACAGGAGAUGAGAAAUGAACCUCAGAUAUAACUGCUUUGUGCUGCAGUGUACUCUUUUGUUUUUGAUUGAUUACAUGGAUGUUCUAAAGAACGCUAAUUCUGUUUAAUGACU